AUGUCUUCUGAAGCUCGCUUACGGAUCGUCAAACUUGACGACAACAAUUACCCCGAAUGGAAGGGUGAUAUCACUGGAGCUCUAAUGUCGGCCUCACUUGAUGAGUUCAUUGACUCGGAUGCAGAAGUUAUUCCUGCACCAGAAGGACCGAUUUCACAAGAGCGAAAAGUUCCUUAUGACGUUUAUGUCAUGCGACAACGCAAAGCCGCAGGUACUAUGUUCAGUCAUAUGACUCAACAAUUCUGUAUCAUCGUGGAAUCAGAAGGCUUUAUCUAUCAGCCAUUGAAAAUCUGGUUACUCAUGAAAGAAGAGUUUCAAGCCACAACCUCUAGUAGUAAGGGUAGAGCUUAUUCAGCCUUCACUCGUAUUAUUUUCACUUCUCUUGAUCAAUAUAUCAAGGACACUCGAUCAGCUUUGGCAACUAUGAGAGCUUGCGGUGUAAACUUCUCUGAUGAUCUCCAAGAGUUAAUAGGCGAAACUAUCGUUGGAAAACUCCCAAACUCCAUGGAGACAACCUUAUCUCUCUUUGAUUCUAAACAACCUUUAAAAACGAAAGACAAUUCUAUCGCGUUAGCCACCAUUGCUAAUCGACCACCUCGACCAGCACAUCGUUUUCCUUAUCCUACCUGCUCAAACGGACGUCAUAAUCCAGCUGUCAAAGGUCAUAAAUAUGAACAGUGUUAUCAAAACUUACAAUGGACAAGUAGCGGAAAAUUCAACAAAUUCCACAUUGAAGAAGAUGAACUAACUCUCUUGCAUGAGCAGACGGAACGGAUCCAAGGUGAUAAAUGA